CCUCCAAGUGUUUGAAGAGACGGGGAUCCCCCAUAGUGAAAUCUUGCACCAGCAGCAGGAGGAGGAAGGUGGGGGACCCUUAGGGGGGCCCCUGAAAUACCCACGAUCCUGCAUCUUAUGGCUCCAUGCAGACCAGGCAGCUCUGGACCAGCGGCUGGAGAAGCGAGUGGAUGACAUGCUGGCUGCAGGACUGCUGGAGGAGCUGCGGGACUUCCACCGACGCUACAACCAAGAGAAGGUGGCCGAGAACCGGCAGGAUUACCAGCACGGCAUCUUCCAGUCCAUUGGUUUCAAGGAGUUCCACGAGUACCUCAUCAGUGAGGGGAAUUGCUCGCCUGAGACCAGUGCUCUGCUGCUGCAAAAAGGGAUCCAGGCCCUGAAACAGGUGACCAAGAGAUACGCCCGGAGGCAGAACAAGUGGGUCAGAAACCGCUUCCUGAGACGUCCUGGGCCCAAUGUGCCCCCAGUAUAUGGCUUGGAGGUGUCUGAUCACUUGCGGUGGGAGGAGGAUGUGCUGAAACCUGCUCUGGAGAUUGUGGAGAGCUUCAUCCAGGGACGUGAGCCCCCAGCAGAGCCUGUGAAGAUGGAGUGUGAUGUAAACGAGAACAAGCGGAGUCAUCGUGUGUGUGAGCUCUGUGACAGAGUCAUCAUUGGGGACAGGGAGUGGGCAG